CAAUUGACAAAUCAUUUUAGAUUCUCGAGCGUUAAAACCACAAAAAGUUUGAAAUUAAGCAAUUAAUCCGUCGUGAUUACGCGAAAUCCAGUAAAUGAAUGACUCACUAAACCGUUACAAGAGAGAGUCUUCCUAACAAGUCGCAACGGUCAGAUUUUGCAUCACCCAAUUCCCUCCUCCUCUGUCUCCUCUCUCUCUCUAUUCUUCUUUCUUCUUCCGUAAUCUCUAGACAAAACCCUAAUUUCGCAUCUCCGAUGGAAUCGACGAAUUUGAAGAAUGCUAAACACGAGACUCCGUUGAUGGAUCCGAUCACUUUCCAAUCCAACAAUUCUCAAGAAGAUACUUCUAAAUUCUCCGAGAAUUCCAACCCUAACAUCGUCGUCUCACACUCGACUCCACUCGCGAAAUCGAGAAAUAAAUCUUCGCAGAAGAAUCCGAAAUCGAAGCCUAAUCCGACGGUUUUCUCACCGCGGAACCGGAUCAGAGAGAGGAGAUUCGUGGUGGUUAAGAAGAAGAAGAAGAAGAACUCUACGAAGGAGACGACGGAUCCUUCGGUUUCUGUGGAUUGUAAAUGUGGAGCUAAGACCAAUUCCAACUCUAAGAAAUGUGUUUGUAUCGCGUAUGAGACUCUACGCGCUUCACAAGAAGAGUUCUUCAAAUCUGAACCAGAGAUUGGAGAAUCCAGUUGUAACUUGGACGACGGAGAUGAAGAAGUCGGAGUUGGAGAUUAUGAUGAAAUUGGAGUUGCUUUGAUGAAGAGGAGAAGAGAACAGGUGCUUGAAGAAGCGAGGAUGAGUAUCCCUGAAUAUGGUAAAGUGAUGCAUCUUGUGAAAGCUUUUGAGAAGCUUACUUGCUUCCCAUUUUCUACAUAUAAGAAGGAAGAAGACCAGAUUAAGAAACCUUUGAAAUGGGAAUUGCCUGGAAUGAUGAGUCAGCAGAAGCCUCCUAAGUGUCCAGAAACUGAGACUGAUGAAGUCACUUGGAGUUCUUUGUUUUCUCCAUCUGAUUUGGUUUUAACAGCUACGAAUCUUGGACUAGAACAGCCUCAUGCCUUAGUUUCUUCAUCAUGGGACAAUAGUGUUCCAAGUCUAAACUCAAAUGGUGGCCGCAGGGGCAGAAGAAAUAGCUUGGAAUCCUCUGCAUCAGUGGGGAGUAGAAGAUCGAAGAAGAAGCAGAUCAAAGUCACCUCUUUGAGGCCAUUCAAACUCAGAACUGAGGAACGGGGACGAAUGAAAGAAGAAGAGUUUAUAAAGAAGCUACAAGAGAUGAAACUGGAGGAGGAAAAAAUGAGAAUCCCUAUAGCUCAAGGUCUUCCCUUGACAACUGAUGAACCUGAGAAUUUGGUUAAGCCUCAUGUGAAAGACAUCACAAUACCAGUAGACUUGAAGCUCCAUUCAGACAUUCGAGCAGUGGAACGAGCGGAAUUUGAUUACCAGGUUGCGGAGAAGAUAAACCUAAUAGGGCAAUACAAAACAGAUAGAGAACGGCAGCGAAAGCUAGCAGAAGAAGAAGAGAUACGAAGGCUAAGGAAAGAGUUGGUCCCUAAGGCACAACCAAUGCCAUAUUUUAAUAGGCCAUUCGUUCCCAAAAGGUCGAACAAGCACCCGACUAUACCCAGAGAAUUCAAGUUUAAUAUACCGCAACACAAGAAGAUAACAUGGUGCAGUCUAUCGUCUUGGAGCGACACUGGAUCUUACAUGAGCGACCUCUUCAAACAGCAAGACCUCUAAAAAAGCUUUUCAUUCAAUUUGCACAUUUCUUCAAUAAUCUUGUUCCUUGUCCAUAUCACCCCUCUUUCGGAACAGAACCUUACUUUUUUCCUUGACGCAACCAAAUUAGUUGCAACUUGCAAGUUUAGGUUUCCUCGGUUCCAUUUAGAUAUUAUAAUGAUUGAA